GCCAUUGAUGAGCCUCCCUAUCUCACAGUGGGCACUGAUGUGAGUGCGAAGUACAGAGGAGCCUUCUGUGAAGCCAAGAUCAAGACAGCAAAAAGACUUGUCAAAGUCAAGGUAACUUUUAGACACGAUUCUUCUACAGUGGAAGUUCAGGAUGACCAUAUAAAGGGUCCCUUAAAGGUGGGAACUGUUGUGGAAGUGAAGAAUCCUGAUGGAACAUACCAGGAAGCAGUUAUCAACAAAUUAACAGAUGCAAGUUGGUACACCGUAGUAUUUGAUGAUGGUGAUGAGAAGACUCUUAGACGCUCUUCCCUGUGCUUAAAAGGAGAAAGACAUUUUGCUGAAAGUGAGACGUUAGAUCAGCUUCCACUCACAAAUCCUGAACACUUCGGCACUCCUGUUAUAGGCAAGAAAACAAACAGGGGAAGGAGAUCCAAUCAUAUUCCUGAAGAAGAAUCUUCAUCCUCUUCCAGCGAUGAAGAUGAAGAUGAUAGGAAACAAAGUGACGAGUUACUAGGAAAAGUUGUGUGUGUCGACUGCCUCAGUGUGGAUAAAAAGAAAGCUCUGUGGUUUCCAGCCUUGGUGGUUUGUCCAGAUUGUAGUGAUGAUAUCGCAGUGAAAAAAGACAAUAUUCUCGUACGCUCCUUCAAGGAUGGCAAAUUUGUUUCAGUGCCAAGAAAAGAUGUUCGGGAGAUUACUGAAAGUUCACCAAAGCCAGAUGCUUUGCUAAAGCAAGCUUUUGACCAAGCCCUUGAAUUCCGUAAAAACAGAACUGUUCCUAGUAACUGGAAAACAGAAUUGAAAGAAGACAGCUCCAGCAGUGAAGCUGAAGAAGAGGAAGAGGAUGAGAAAGAAAAAGAGGAUAACAGCAGUGAGGAAGAGGAGGAAAUAGAGCCAUUUCCCGAAGAACGAGAAAACUUUCUUCAGCAGUUAUACAAGUUUAUGGAAGACAGAGGGACUCCUAUUAACAAACGACCUGUAUUAGGAUACAGAAAUUUGAAUCUCUUCAAAUUAUUCAGACUUGUACACAAGCUUGGAGGAUUUGAUAAUAUUGAAAGUGGAGCAGUGUGGAAACAAGUUUAUCAAGACCUUGGAAUACCCGUAUUGAAUUCAGCUGCAGGAUAUAAUGUUAAAUGUGCAUACAAAAAAUACCUCUAUGGUUUUGAAGAGUAUUGUACAUCAGCUAACAUUGAAUUUCAAAUGGCAUUGCCAGAGAAAGUGACGAGCAAGCCUUGUAAAGACUGUGAAAAAGAAAAAGAAUCGAAGAUGCGUGAAGAACCAGAGCAGGAUGUAAAAGAAAUAAAAGUGGAUAAGGAGGAGCGCAAGCAGGAGGAAGUAGCAGUAGUACCACAAGAAGAAAAAAAGUUAGCUGAGAGUGAUAAUGAAAGUAAAGAAAAUGAUAAGCCUUCUGUUCUGGGAAACAAAAAAAAUUUGCCAGAUCCUGUGGGUACUCAGCCUGAUCAAGAAAAGGACUUAAAUGUAAUCAAAACUGAAGAUGAAGCCAAAAAAGAAGAUAAAGAGGAGGAGAAGCUUAAAGAAAUGGAAAAUCCUACCAUACAUGCAGAUGCUGAAGAAAAAGAAAAAUCAGG